CCCAUUCGCAGCCAAUCACAUUUGAGAUAAACAGAGUUGCGUCACCGCUGUUGUUGUGGAAGUUGGGUUCGGAGCUGCUCCGCGGAGAUUUCGCCACAACUGCGACCAGAUCACGGCGUCCAAAGCAGCGCAGACGAGCGGACACCAGCGCCAUGUCGCUCCAAAAGGACAGCUCGUCUGACCAGAGUUUGCAAGGUUCCUUUGUCGAGCUGCAUUUCAGCGGCAACGGGUCUCAAAGCACAAGUCAUCAUGGAAGUCAGGAGCUGGACGUGUUGAAAAUGCUGCUGGAAGCACAACAUGAGUCUGGCAGAAACAGCUCCAGGGGGAGCUCUCAAUGCAACAGCCCGCUCAGAGCUCAGACCCCUCUUCUGUGGACGGGCUCAGAAGCAAACAGCUCACAGUCAGAUGAUGACUUUCAAGAAACAAGACGCGAAGUAGAGAACCUGAUGAAGAAAAACUCUGACUGGAUCUGGGACUGGUCCAGUCGACCUGAGAACAAUCCACCAAAGGAGUUCCUGCUGAAGCACCCCAAGCGCUCGACCUCUCUCAGCAUUAGGAAAACCAGUGUCAUGAAGAAGGGAGGAAUUCUCUCUGCUGACUUUCUCAAGCUUUUCCUUCCCUCAUUAAUCAUUUCUCACAUACUUGCUGUUGGCCUUGGAACUAUUGAUCAGAGUAUUGCAUGGCUGGAUCCAUUGUUGAAUAGGUAUCCAGGGGCAACCAGUGAUGCUUCCUCGUGUUCAGUGUCUUAGAUCUAGGUAUACAUUGGGAAGCGCAUAAUUUCCCACAACACCUACUAAGAAGAAUGCUGGUGUGUUGCCUGCGACCAUGAAGAUCAAGGGACAUGUGGCCAUGUGACACGGUCCGCUGUGAUUGAGAGCCUUUUGUUGCCCACAACAGGAUGGAGAGGAAAAGGAUCUGUCAUUCGACCCCUGAACACAACACUGACCAAUCCUCUGCUGCUUGUUGUAGUCCGUGUCCUGGCCCGAAGAUGACUGACUGUUAUGCUGCUUUCUGCCCCUUAAAUAUGCACAGAUCAUAUAUAUAAAUAUAUUAUAUAUAUAUAUUUUUUUUUGUUCAAGGGAUCAUUCGUGUGGAAGAGAGAGCUUUGAUCAGCAAUAUGAUUGCUCAAUCUGUGCUACUGUAAACUCCAGAAAAUAAAAUAUUAGCUCAUUUAGCUCAAAUGUGGUCCAUUUUGCCCAUCUUACAUGGAAAUAAAAGCUGGAAACACA